AUGUCUGUACAUGAACAAGAACCGGGCGUGUUCCAACGCCUGCAGCUCCGAUCUGCCACUCCGGGCCCCAACGAGAAAGUGCUCAGCUUUUUGGAGGGCAUCGCGCAGUCGGGCGAGGAGCUGGAUAUGACGCCGCCGCGGUCGAUGGUGGAUCCGGACGAGUACCGCAGGCCCGAGUCGGUGCACAGUGGUGGAGGCCCGCCGCCUGUGAUAUACUCGCCUGCGCCGCGGAGCAAGGCGAGCGACACGCUGAUCAACCCCGGGCUGGCGGGGCUCGCGUACUCGCCGCGCAAUAACGGCGCGAAUGCCAAGUUGAACGGACACCUGCUGGAAGUGGAGAAUGGGAGGGAGAACGAGGAUGUUGAGUCGAAUGUGCAGGAUGGUGUGCGUUCAGAGCUGGGCGAGCCUGUGCGCGAACCUGGGCCGAAUGACCCGCCUGGACCGAAAUACGAGUCGUAUGACUCUGGCCCGUCGUUUGGCAACUUUGGACCGCUGCCGCAAGAGGGCGGAAACCCGUACGCGCGGGGAACGUGGAAUCCUGUAUGGACGGACCUGGUGAACAAGGAAGCAGCAGGCGGGCUGACGUCAGCGAACCCAGGCUCACCCCGCCAGAGUGCAGCAGCAGCCGUAGAGCUCCCAUCCUCUCCCAAGAGCACCACCAACAACAACAACAAUCGCCCGUGGAGCCCCAUGUCUGCUCGCUCAAAGCUCACCCGCGCAACUGAAAAGGGCACUGUCUAUCCUCCUCUUCCAGAGAGCAGAUUCGGCGACUUUGACACUCAGUUCGACGGUCCCAGUUCGCCUACAUCUAAAUCACGUGCGCGUUCCAAGGCGCCCUCUAUUUCACCCUCGGAUUCCCCCACCGCACAGGGCCAGCGCGUCCAGCUCUUUGCGUCUCCCAAGCAGCAGCUCCAAUCCUUUGCAAACGGGAGCACCAACGGCAAUGGAAAUGGCUCUCGUUCCCCGCCACCGGGCUCUCCCAUGGCUGGCCAUCAGUCGCGUCCUUUUUCGCCCUAUCGCCAUGCACCCACCCAGGAGGAUCUUUUGAAUGCCGCGGUGCGCGGUCGAGCUCUCGUCAUCCCCCAAGAACCCCCUCUUGAAAAGGAGCCCUCCGUCGUUUCUUCAAAGGCCCCCUCCAAAGCCCCUUCCAAGGCUCCCUCGUCCAAGAUCCAGUCCCCACAGAGCAGAGCAAUGUCACAGAUGGAGGGAGGCAGGCCACCGUCUAGUGUCGGUUCGCGUGUGUCCAGAGCCAGUCGCGCCGAGCAACAGUUGCAGGACAGGAAUCAGACGCCUACACCACGGUCGCCUGUGCGCACACAUUCGCCGGACGGCUUUGACCCGCUCGACCCUGAGGAAGCGCGUAUUGUGAACGAGGCCCUCGCGCGCACGCCCCGCACGUCCGUGUAUGCUGCCCCAUUGGAGGAGGAUGUUGCGGGCCAUUACCAUGAUAUGGAGCUCUGUGUGCUGCUGCAUCAGGAAAACGAUCCUAACCAACACGAGUUCGUGAAAAAGGCCCUGCGCAAGGCUGUCCGUCAGCGGAUCAGGAAACUGGGUAUGAAGUAUGACCAUGAAUCGAUUAAGCAGUACAGAAAGUCGUACCACGAUCAUGAUCCCAGUGUGCAUCUCCGGCAAGAGUAUGCUUCAGAUGACACGCCACCGCAGUGGGCAGCGGACCUGAAGCGCGAGAUGGUGCUCAUGCAGCAGCGUAUUGAGAGUCUCGGGCCGAAGAUCGAGAAUCUCAAGCUGAGCGAGCGCGAGCGGUCCUACAUUGGCGCGAACGGCUCGCGGUUCGCGUACGAGCCGGACGAGUCGACGCGGACGCCGAUGACGCAGACGGUGAACAUCCAGACGCAGCCGACGGGCACGCUCGCGGACUCGAUGUACCAGGCGCCCGAGACGGAGCUCGAGCAUGAGGAUCACGAGGUGUUGUUGGAUGAGGAUGGGAAUGUGCUGCAGCAUCAUCGGCAUCAUGGGUAUGAGGAGGAGGAUGAGCGGGAUGAUAGGACGGAGACGGAGACGCAGAGGCGGUAUCAUCAUCAUCAUCACCCGCACACGGAUGGCGAGACGAGGAGUGCGCCGAGGAGUAUGUAUGGGAUGUCGGAGGUGGGCAGGGACGAUUCGCCCGGGCAGCAGUACCUUGAAGAGGAGCUGUACAAACUUACACAAAAGAAGCAGGGCAGCCAGCUGUCGCACAAGUCGUGGGAGGUCGCGCAGCAUGAUAUUGACGAUGGCGACGUGUACGAUGAGCAGGAUGAAGGUGUGGGUGUGCCGACGAUCCCGGAUAUGAACGGCGAGACGGAGGGCGAAGGCGCGUAUGGAGGCGAGAGGUCGAGCUCGCCGCCGUUACCCGAUCUGCCGCCAGAGGCGAUACGCGAUAUGGAGGUCCGCGCGCAGGGCCCGUGGAACGCUGUGGAUUAUAGUGGCGUUGGUGAUACGACGCAGCAGACGCAGCAGAACCAGCUCGCGCCGUGGCAGCGGAUCCACGCGCGCUUGUUGAAUUGGGCUAUCAUCUGGCCGACCUCGGAGCUCGAACACGCGCUGAACAGCACAACGCGCGGACAACAAGUUGACGAAGUCGCGCUGAGCAUCUGGAGCACGCAGGCGUAUAAGCGCUAUGUCCGUGCGAAGCUGACGGAUAGUCCAACGGGCAGUGGUAGUGCGGUGGUGGAUAGGCUGUUUGUGCCGCCGAAUAUGGCGGAUGCGAUUAGCAAUGCGGUGUUUAAUGGGCGGCAUGGAGAGGCGAGCUCGAUGCUGGAGAGGUUGUGGACGCCGUUUGGGUUCACGGGUAGUCCGAGGUUGAUUGUGGUUCUGGCGAAGCAUAGGUCGGAUCCGAAUCAUUGGGUUGUGCAUCGGUUCUCGUUACCGGAUGGCGCGUUGACGACGUACGACUCGUACCCUGAACGCACGCUCCCCGAUGGUCGACCUCUGGGAUGGUGGUUCGCCAUCCGCGUCGCCUGGCCCAACGCCAACUACCCCUCACCCGACCACCUCGUACAAAAGAUGGUCCGGCUACACCGCCCACUCCAGCUACCGAUCGACAACUCGGUCGCGGCUGCGGGUAUCUGGCGCAAUGUGCUGAUGGGAUCUCGAGCGGAGAGGAGUGUGGAUUUGGAGAGGUUGAGGGAUUUGAUUAAUACGGAGGUGAAGAAUUUGAAGCAGCGCAAGGUGUUGGGAAAGUUGUCGGUUGGUGCUGCUAGGCCUGCGUGGGAGGAUAUGAGUUAG